AUGAUGAGAAACUAUAUUAUUUUAGUAUUCUAUGCAUUGGUUGUGUUGCCUGCCAUUUUUGGAUUCAAGUCAUCAAUACAGAAUGGAAAAACGAUGUGCAAAGAGAAGGAGAGACAUGCUUUGCUCAAUUUCAAAAAAGAGCUUCAUUUAGAUUUUGACAUAUUGUCUUCGUGGAAGGACAAUCGAAAUGAAGAUUGCUGCAAAUGGCCCGAAAUUGAAUGCAACAGAGAAACAGGUUAUGUUCAAAGGCUUGAUCUUAAUCUUUCAUAUACAGACGAUUUCACUUUCAAUGGUAACAUGAGUUCCUCAAUAACUGAGCUACAACAUCUAAAAUAUUUAGACCUCAGUUAUUUGAAAGGAAACAUUCAAAUCCCAAAGUUCAUUGGCUCCUUUAGUAACUUAAGAUAUCUUGAUCUCUCAUAUGGUGGUUAUCAUGGGAAGAUUCCUUCUCAAAUGGGGAAUCUUUCACAUUUGCGACACCUUGGUCUUGGUGGGAAUGAACUCAUUGGAGCAAAUCCUUUCCAAUGCGCAAAUGUUGAAUGGCUAUUAAAUCUCUCUUAUUUGAGAUAUCUUGACUUGAGUGAUGUUCAAAGUCUCAGCAAUACUUGUCAUCACACCUUUCAACUCCUAGCAAAGCUUCCAAUCCUUGAAAAGUUAUAUCUAAAUGAUUGUAACCUUACUGAUGACAACAUCCCUGGAUUAUCUGAUUCUUACAUGAACUUUUCCACUUCUCUCACUGUCCUACAGCUUUCUCAUAAUCACUUGACAUCAUCAAAGAUAUUUCAAUGGAUGCUUAACUACACCUCCAAUCUUCAACAGCUCUACCUUGAUAAUAACUUGUUAAAAGGUACUAUUCCUAAUGAUUUUGGAAACACUAUGCGUUCACUUGUAACUCUCGCUCUCAUGGGGAAUCUACUAGAAGGAACGAUCCCAAAAUCUAUUGGAAAUAUAUGCACCUUGCAGGAAUUUGCCGCUGACGACAACCAAUUGAGCGGAGAGAUUUCAGAAUUUAUCAUCCAUAAUAACAUUUCCCAAUGCAUGCAAAAUUCAUCUUCCUUACAAGUUAUAUGGUUGUCGAAUAAUCAGCUUUCAGGCAUGUUACCUGACCUUUCAAGCCUCUCUUCUUUGAGACUCCUGUAUCUUUACGGGGAAAUACCAAUAGAAAUGGAGUACUUAUUUGGAUUGACUUCCUUAAAUUUGUCAAGGAACAAUCUCAGUGGAGAAAUCAUUUCAAAAGUAGGAAACUUAAAGUCACUUGAAUUUCUUGAUCUGUCAAGAAACCAUCUUUCAGGCAGAAUUCCUUCAAGUCUAGCUCACAUUGACCGUCUGACUAUGUUGGAUUUGUCAAACAAUCAGCUCCAUGGAAAAAUUCCAAUUGGAACACAGUUGCAGACAUUUAAUGCUUCAAGUUUUGAAGGUAAUUCUAAUCUGUGUGGAGAACCCCUUGUUACAAAAUGUCCUGGAGAAGAGACGUCAAACCGUCAAGUGCCAACAACUGAUGCUGGAGAUCACAAUUCAAUAUUUUUGGAAGCAUUAUACAUGAGCAUGGGCAUAGGAUUCUUCACUAGUUUUGUUGGCUUUGUAAGCUCAAUAUUGUUACUACCUUCUUGGAGAGAAACUUACUUCAAAUUCUUGAAUACUUUGAUAUUGAAACUCUUCAUGUGGUGGAAGCAAUGA